GUGUACGUCUUUCAUAACUAAUAUUUGGAGUUGUUCACCAUCUUCCACAAACCCUUUCUCAAUGCCUCUUCUCUUCUUCUCACGUCGUUUUCUCAUCUUCUCCACCAUCAUCCCCUUCAUAGCAUCCAUCGCUCUCUACCGUGUCGACACCUUCGACCCAUCUCAUCUUCCCGCCGAUGCUCUUGUCUACUCUACUACUUCCAUCCCUCCGCUUGUCAACGACCAACUUCUCACCGGCGCUGAGUUUAUCGGCGUCGGUCUUCUCAAUAAGCCCGAAGAUAUCGCCUACGACCGAGACUCAGGUCUUAUCUAUACUGGCUGUGUAGAUGGAUGGGUGAAACGUGUCAAGGUUAUAGAGUCAGCUAAUGACUCUGUCGUAGAGGACUGGGUCAAUACUGGCGGUAGACCACUUGGCCUCGCUUUUGGACUACAUGGAGAAGUCAUUGUCGCAGACGCCUACAAGGGGCUGUUGAACAUAAGCGAUGACGGUAGGAAGACGGAGUUGUUGACGGAUGAAGCAGAAGGAGUGAGAUUUAAGCUCACCGAUGCAGUCGCCGUUGGAGAUAACGGCGUUUUGUAUUUCACGGAUGCUUCUUACAAGUACGAUUACAGUCAAUCAAGCUUUGACUUUCUGGAAGGCAAACCGCAUGGUCGACUCAUGAGCUUUAACCCGACCACAAGAACAACUCGUGUCCUUUUAAAAAACCUUUACUUCGCUAAUGGCGUCUCUAUGUCUCCCGACCAAACCCAUCUCGUCUUCUGCGAAACUCCAGUGUCCUCUUUCUCAACUCUAUAUAUAAUCUCCUCUUUAUGUGCAUUCAUUGAAUCAUCAUUUCAAAGUUGUUUUCUUGAUGUUAUCAGAAGAAGAUGCAGCAAGUACUACAUCAGUGAGGAGCGUGUUGAGGUAUUUAUUGAAAAUGUGUUACCGGGUUAUCCAGAUAACAUUCGGUACGAUGGAGAUGGACAUUACUGGAUCGCAAUGCCUACGGGAGUAACAACGUUGUGGAAGCUGUCGAUGAGGUAUCCACUCUUGAGAAAAGUCACAGCCAUGGUGGCUAAGUGGGGCUUCAAUCUUAUGUUUGCGGAGGAUGCUGGCGUUUUACAGGUGGAUUUGGAUGGAAACCCCAUCGCAUUUUACCAUGAUCAAAAAAUUACUCACUUAACCACCGGAGUCAAGAUUGGGAAAUAUCUAUAUUGCGGAAGUCUCUUGCAUUCACGCAUACUCAGACUUGAUCUCCUGAAGUAUCUUGCCCAAAAAAGUCUUUAAAACAUCAAGUUUAUGGAAAAUAAACAACUUUGUAUACAUCAUCUUAGCUGUCACAUUUUU